AUGUCUAACAAUGAGGCUAUGGAAUGGAACAGCUGUGAUAAUGCACUGCGCGAAAGGGAUUUGCCAUAUCGGGUCCCAGGACAUGAUUUAGGGAUAGCCAAGUUAAAGUUAGUAGUGGAGGGUUCCGUUUUUACAGAAGAGAGAGAUUUCCUGGUAAAGAGCUGCGAGUAUUUCCAAGCUCUCUACCGUUCGGGGAUGAAAGAAUGCCGGCAGGAGGAAAUCCACUUGAAGGGUCUGUGUGCUCGAGGAUUCUUGAUCACACUGGUGGUUUUACGAGGCAAGAGACCUAUCCUGGAUGCUGACGAAAUCGUGGAGGCCAUAGAAUGCGCUGCCUUCCUGCAGGUGGAGCCUCUUGCCAAACAUCUCACGGACCUGAUCGACUCUGAUAACUGUUUGCUAAUGUAUCACACCGCAGCAACCUUUGGCCUAAUGACCCUCUACCAUGCUGCUGCACUGUUUAUCCGGAACAUGUACCAUGACUUAGAGGUCGAAGUCAGGAAAAGCUUACCAACAGAACUUGUUGCAUAUGUAGAGUCACUGGUUCCUAGCGCGUUUGUAGCAGUUGGAGCCCACUCGACUUGUGGUGUGGAUGAAACCAUCCACGCUGGCAACAGGACUUUGUGCUACCUGGACGAUGAUGGGAAAAACUGGAAGGUCCUCACAGACCUACCCCUAGAGGCCAGUACCUCUAUGGCCGGACUGACCGUUCUGGACAACAAGCUGUAUGUCGUGGGAGGGAUACAGGUGCAGGGUGCCCGCAAAUAUGCUGUGGACUCCUGCUUCUGCUACAGUGUGGAGGUUGACCAGUGGACCAUGAUAGCCAGUCCAAAACAGUUGCGGUACAACUUCUCUCUUGUGGGACUGGAUGGAUGUCUUUAUGCCAUUGGGGGCGAGUACGAGCGAACAAUCAUGUCAUCAGUGGAAACUUACGAAGUUGCGACUGGAAGGUGGUCAUUUGUGGCUCAUUUGCCUCGACCAGUCACCGGAGCAGCGUGCACCAAGGGCAUGGGACGGAUAUUUGUGUGCUUGUGGAAGCCCAUGGAGACCACCGAAAUCUAUGAAUACCUGCCCAGGAUAGACCAGUGGUUGCUUGUCAGCACUCUGAUAAGGCAUCAGAGCUACGGUCACGCCAUGGUGGCUCACCGGGAUAACCUGUAUGUCAUGCGUAACGGGCCACAAGAUGACUUCCUGAGAUGCAUGAUGGACUGCUACAACCUCACCACAGGCCAGUGGACAGCCUUGCCAGGGCACUUUUCCAAUAGCAAAGGCUCCCUGUUCACAGCUGUGGUGAGAGGCGACUCGGCUUACACGCUGAACCGAACCAUGACUUUGGAGUACGCUAUUGAGGGGAAAACGUGGAAGCCCAGGAACCAGAUGAAGGGUUUCCCAAGAAGUGGCUCCUUGUGGACAUUUUUUCUUAGGCUGCCCAAGGGACGCAGAGGGUCCAUAUUAAAUGGCAUCCCAGAUGGAUAUGGACAAUGUUGA